AUGCCUUUUCUAGAAAAUAAUAAUUAUCGGAAUCUAACGACAUCAUCAGAUCGUGAUGCACGUCAUUCAGAAUCGUCACAUUCGCAGAGCUCUCAACGACUUCGACGAACAGAGAGUAGUAUUAGUUCGGAGAGCGCUGUUUCGCAGAAAUCCUCCGGAUCUGGUUCUGGGCAUGGAAAUGGUCAUGUAAGUGUAGGAAAGGAGACGGUAGCCCCACCUCAUGUGGAAAGGCGCCCUAAGCAGCCAACUCCACCGAAGAAGGAGCCGAAGAAGAAGAUGAUGACUGAGCGCGAAAUAAUUGAUGCAGCGGCGGGACUUCGUGCUCUAAAAGUUGGCAACAAUGGGACUGAGAUUGAAGAUUGGAUAGCAAGCGCAUUCGUUGCUGAUGAUUUGGCUGAAAGCGUAGGUUCAGCGCUUUGCCAGCAUGCCAUUGAAGGAGGCGGUGGCCGUGUGGUUGCUAAACUAUGUGGAGCCUUACGAGAUGCUCCAUCUGCUUAUGCCCUUUAUAAGGUAAAGGGAAUAUCCGUCAACUGCUCUAUAUUUGCAAGAAUGAUUUAG